GGGCAACCACAAGGUCGAUUCAAAAAGACCAAAAGUUAAAAUGAUGAGUGCCAGGAAGGAGGCUGAAAAUAAUUGAUUCUUUCAUUUUGAGUUCUGAACUUAAAAAAAAAAAAAAAUAUAUUAAAAAAAAAAAAGAUUUGCGUCCGGAGGAGUGGGAGAGAGGCGGUACUUCCGGGUCAGGUGGGCUGGCCGCCUUGACCUUCCUUCGCGCUCGGCCAUUUUGUGCCAGUCGUCGGGAGGCUGCGGCUGCAGAAGAUCUCUCCAAGAAGUUGCAAGUAUGCUGUCUGUGCGCAUCGCUGCGGCCGUGGCCCGUUCCCUCCCUCGACGGGCGGGACUGGUCUCCAAAAAUGCUUUGGGGUCAUCCUUUGUUGGUGCAAGAAAUCUCCAUGCCUCUAACACUCGACUUCAGAAGACUGGUACUGCUGAGAUGUCUUCCAUUCUUGAGGAGCGGAUUCUUGGAGCUGACACUUCUGUUGACCUUGAAGAGACUGGGCGUGUCUUAAGCAUUGGUGAUGGUAUUGCCCGAGUACAUGGGCUAAGGAAUGUUCAAGCAGAAGAAAUGGUAGAAUUUUCUUCAGGCUUAAAGGGUAUGUCCCUGAACUUGGAACCCGACAAUGUUGGAGUUGUCGUGUUUGGGAAUGACAAGCUAAUUAAAGAAGGAGAUAUUGUGAAGAGAACAGGGGCCAUCGUGGAUGUUCCAGUUGGUGAGGAACUGUUGGGCCGUGUAGUUGACGCCCUGGGAAACGCUAUUGAUGGAAAGGGUCCAAUUGGUUCCAAGACCCGCAGACGAGUGGGCCUGAAAGCACCUGGAAUUAUCCCCCGAAUCUCUGUGCGGGAACCAAUGCAGACUGGCAUCAAAGCUGUGGAUAGCCUGGUACCGAUUGGCCGUGGUCAGCGAGAGCUGAUUAUUGGUGACAGACAGACUGGGAAAACAUCAAUUGCCAUUGACACAAUCAUCAACCAGAAACGGUUCAACGAUGGGACUGAUGAGAAGAAGAAGCUGUACUGCAUCUAUGUCGCUAUUGGUCAGAAGCGGUCCACUGUGGCUCAGCUGGUGAAGAGACUGACGGAUGCAGAUGCCAUGAAGUACACCAUUGUGGUGUCAGCCACUGCUUCUGAUGCUGCCCCGCUUCAGUAUUUGGCUCCUUACUCUGGCUGCUCCAUGGGAGAGUAUUUUAGAGAUAAUGGCAAGCACGCUUUGAUCAUCUAUGACGAUUUAUCUAAACAGGCUGUGGCUUACCGCCAGAUGUCUCUGUUGCUUCGCCGACCCCCUGGUCGUGAGGCCUAUCCUGGUGAUGUGUUCUACCUACACUCUCGCCUGCUGGAGAGAGCAGCCAAGAUGAACGAUUCCUUUGGUGGUGGCUCUUUGACUGCCUUACCAGUCAUUGAAACACAGGCUGGUGAUGUGUCUGCUUACAUUCCAACAAAUGUUAUUUCCAUCACUGACGGACAGAUCUUCUUGGAAACAGAAUUGUUCUAUAAAGGCAUCCGCCCUGCCAUUAAUGUCGGUUUAUCUGUGUCCCGUGUCGGAUCUGCUGCCCAAACCAGAGCCAUGAAGCAGGUGGCAGGUACCAUGAAGCUGGAGUUGGCUCAGUACCGGGAGGUUGCUGCUUUUGCCCAAUUUGGUUCUGAUCUUGAUGCUGCCACUCAGCAGCUCUUGAGUCGUGGUGUGCGUCUGACAGAGCUGCUAAAGCAAGGACAGUACUCUCCCAUGGCUAUUGAAGAACAGGUGGCUGUUAUCUAUGCGGGCGUACGGGGUUAUCUGGAUAAACUGGAGCCCAGUAAGAUCACAAAGUUUGAGAGUGCAUUCUUGUCUCAUGUUAUCAGCCAGCACCAGACUCUCUUGGGCAAUAUCAGGGCUGAUGGAAAAAUCUCAGAACAGUCAGAUGCAAAGCUGAAAGAGAUUGUAACAAACUUCUUGGCUGGAUUUGAACCAUAAAGCCCUAUCACUGUCACCAGACACUGCUUUGGUUUUGUCAUUUAUUCUGGUAAAAUCAGCACCAUUUGUAAAGGGUUACUUGUGUAUUCCUGAUGUACAGAAAUCACAUGAAUAAAAGUUCCAUGUUGUGUGCUAGUUUGUGUGGGGUGGGCUCAGGUGUAUAUGGGGACUUGUGUGGCAGUCAGAGGACAGCCUGUAUGAGUCAGUGCCCUCCUUCCACUGGGAAUUUAACACAGGUUUUUAUUUAAAGCAUGACUUCAUGUUGAGUUCCCUAAGUUAGUUUUGUAAGACAGAGCUUACUGUGACAUCAGCCAUGGCGGCCCCAGGCUGCUCUCGUGCUGUCUGCCUCUUACCCUGUUCUACUUACUGGUGCGAUCAGCGUGGAUAGAUAAUUCAAGGCUGUCUGCUCUGAGGGUCUAAAGUACUUUGUGAUUGAUUAAAAAGAGAACUCUGCUCUGAAA